UGGGCGUCGCAUUGGUUCGUCGGUCGCAGUUCGUAUUUGGAAGCCAACGGUGCCUCACAGGUGUGCGAGUGCAAGCUUUGGUUUACUCUAUAUAGACAGAUCUACUCAGAUCGCGUGUGAAACAUACGCCUGGAUACGCCAAAUUGGAUUAACACACACAUACGCCCCGACACACACACAUCUGUAUAUAACUCACGUUUAAAAUCGAUCGCAAAGGAUUAUUACUAUGUGCAUUAGCAAUUAAGUGGAAAGUGGAAAAGAAGUCAAUUCAAAUUUAGAAAGAAGAGUUCUCGUGAUAUACAAAAGUGAUAAAUAUAUAUACAUAACAUAUAACUGAACAAUUUGUGCAACAUCAUGUGGAAGUACAUUUGUGCCCUGAUCUUCUUGAGCGUCUGCUGCAACGCGGGACCACUCAAUCAACAGAGGAAGAAUAUGCCCAUAAAGGCACGCGAGGAUAGCGUUGUAAUGUCUCAGGAAUCUCAGACGCAGACGGAGACAGAGUCAGAAGUACAAACGGAAGCGGAAGCAGCUGCUCCCUUGGUGGGCACUUUGACAUUGCCAAGUAAUGCCACUUCGAUCAGGGCGGACAUCACGGAUAGCUUUUCGUGUGCCAACAAAUCGUAUGGCUACUAUGCUGAUGUGGAGAACGAUUGUCAGAUCUUCCAUGUCUGUCUGCCAGUGACUUACGCUGAUGGCAAGGAGAACACCUUCCGGUGGAGCUUCAUUUGCCCCGAAGAGACCAUCUUCAGUCAGGAAUCAUUCACUUGCAUGCGUCGCGAGGAUAUGACCAUCGAAUGCGAAGAAAGCUACAGAUACUACGAGCUGAAUAGCAACUUUGGUGUCUCCACGGAAGAAGAGAAGCAACCCGCAGCUCCAGCCGCCGAGAACGAGCAGAUUGAUCAGCAACCCGAGGAGAGCGAAGCUCCCGCAGCACCUGCCGAACCCGCGCCCGAGCCCGUCGUUGAACCCGCAAAGCCAGUGAAGGUGCAGAAGCCCAAGCCAAAGCCAAAUCGUCGCAAGCCCGCUGUUACCUACAACAAGCCCCAGAGGAAAGCACCUGUUCCUGCCACGUCAGCACCUGUCGUUGAGCCUGUUGAGGCAGUUGAACCCGAGCCUGUAGCUGUUGUUGUUGCUCCUGUGGCAGCCAAGCCAAAGCCACAGCGUUUUAAUCCCAGACCCAACAAGGAGAAACCUCAGACCCUGAAGCCUGCCGCCCCCAUUCGCAACGAACUCUUCAAUGCCAUCCGCAAGCGUCCCGCCAUCUUCAACAAACCCACCACAAAGCCAGUGGAGGAGAGCGAAGCAGCUAUCACCGAGGCCAUCCAAGCUCAAGCGGAGCUGAGUGAACCACAGCCCACUUUGAAGCUGCAGACCAUGUUUGUGGACACAGCUCCAGUUGUUCCCGUGCAGGUUGUAGAAGAACCUGUGCCUGAAGCCUCUGAACCUGUGGUUGCCAUUGCACAACCAGAGACUGAGUCAGAGUCAGAGCCAGAGCCACAGCCAGUGGAGAUUGCAGCUGAGCCAGAGCCAGAGCCAAUUAAGACUGAGAUAGUAACUGAGCAGGAUGCCCCAAUUAAGAUGGAACUGAGUGAAGUGCAACCCGUUGAAGCCUUUGAGGAAAUUCCUGCUGUGAUUGCCGAGGAAAAGCCACAAGAGAUUGAGCAGCCAGUGGAGCAGCCCGCAGAGGAGCAGCCAGUUGAGUUGCCUGUCGAGCAGCCAGCUGAGAUUCUAGUAGAGCAGCCAGCUCAGCAGCCAGAGGAGCUGCCAGUAGAGACAGAGGAAAAGCCAGCGGAUGAACCCGUGCAACAAAUUAAGGAACAGACAGCUGAGCAGCCAGCAGAGGAGAUUCAGGAACAGGCAGCUGAGCAUCCAAAUGAGACGCCUGUUGAAACGCCAGUUGAGACUCCAGUUGAGACCCCAGUUGAGACUCCAGUUGAGACACCAGUCGAAACGCCAGUUGAACAGCCACAGGAACAUGAAGCAGAACAGGAAGUGCAACAGUCAGCAGAGCAGCCAAUAGAACAACCUCCACAGCCAGAGAGCAACCAAAUCAUUGAAGAGUCCAAACUCGAAGCAGCUCCCGCUAUUAUGGAGCCCAGCAACUCCAACGAGGAAGCCCUGAAUAACAUUGAAGCUUUGGAGGCAGCCAAGCCAGCUGAUGCGCCCGAGAGUCUGCCCGCCACACCCGAGAUGGCUCAACCAAGUCCUUUGGUGGAAGAGAUGCUCGACAACAGCGGCAACAUUGAUGAGAGCAUGAAGCAAACAGCUGGCGGCUUCAAGCCUGUGGAUCCUGUCAUGGCCGCCGAGGCAGAGCAGCUGAUCACCGAUUUUUUGAAUACGCUGCGCAAGCAUGAGGAGAAAACUGAGACUGAGUUGGCCAGCGCUGCCAUGGACAUGGCCGAAACCAUCGAGCAGCAGCCACAAGCACAAGAGAGCGAAGUGAAGCCAGAGACAGAGUUGCUUAAGACACCUGAGGAGCAGGCAGACAAUGUUUCUAUUGAGGAGCAAAAGCUGCCAGAGCCAGAGAUUAUUGACAAAAACGCUUCCGUUGAGGAACAACUGCUGGAGGGAGAGACCGAGCCAGAACCACAACCCAAACUGAAACUGACGCAGGACUCUCCUAUUUAUAACAUUAUGCAACUGAAUCAUAUGCCCGCUGACUAUCAGAUUCCAGUGCAAGUGGUCUCAAUGCCAGAGCCAGUAGAGGAAUCUAAGCCAGAGGCCGAGUCAGAGACAGCACAAGAAGUGAUUCAGGAAACAGCACCUCAAUUGCCAGCUGAACCAGAGCAGAAGCCAGUGGAGACUGAGACACAGAUGAGCUUGGCCACAGCUGCCUAUAUGCCACCCAUCAGCAUCGAUGACAUUGUGGAGCUCGUCAAGGAGCGUCUCGAUCAAAAUCCCAAAAACGAGCAGCUUGCACCCAUGGAACUGAUCCUCACACCAGGUGCUGCAGCUCCCAUGGCGUUGAUUCAGAGCAACAGCGAAGACAAGCAGGAGACACAGCCAGAGACAGAACAGCAGUCAGCACCUGUGGCUGAUGAAGAGACAGCGCCAGAGAUUGCACCUGAAGCUUCUUCAGCAGUCGAGCCUGCUCCCGAAGUUGCCUCAGCUCCAGUAGCCGAGCCCGAGCCUGAACCCGCGUCGAGUCCUGAACAAGAGGAAGUUAUCCUACCCAUUUACAAACGCAUUUCCAUCGCUGAGCCCAGCAUGUCCAAGGUGCAGACGGCGCCCGUGACAGUCAGCAAAGUGGAGGAGCCAGAGCAACAUUCGGAUGAGCUUAAAACCCAAACCAAAAUGGAUGCACGCAAGCGUCGUUUUCUGUUUCGUGCUGAUGCCAGCUAAGGAGCCACCUUUUUUCUUUGUGAGUUCUCCUCAAAGCACUGCAAAAAACCCGCCCACAUCGCCCACAUCAAAAGCACAAAACCAUUAAGCCGAAGUCCAGUCUAAUCCAGGAGGCAACUCCCAACCACUCGACUGUCCAAUUGACUGUUCGGCUGUCCCACUCAUUUGCACCUAGGCAAACUUUAAUGACUAUUUUUUGAUUUUCUAGUUUUAUGGCCAUUUCUGCACUUCUCAAAAAAGCGCACACGAGAGUUGAAAUUUUAAGUUUAGCAUUGUUGUAUCCUUUUGCGUUAAACAAACAAACAA